AUGAUGAAUGCCGCACAAACGGGUGUCGAUAACCUAGAUCUCGAAAAGCUCAAUGAUAAAGACAAGGCCGAGUUGCGCCAAUUCCUCGCCAACGAGCAGCAGCGGUCACAAAUUCAAUCACAGACCCACAACCUUACCAAGACGUGCUGGCAAAAGUGCGUUACCGGUACUAUCAAGAACUCGAAGCUCGAUGGCACAGAAGAAAAUUGCCUCCGAAAUUGUGUCGAUCGAUUCCUUGACAUGAACUUUCUUACGAUGAAGCACUUGAACAAUAUGCGGUCUUCUUGA